AAGCCCCUGGUGAAGAUGCCAAUUCAGAUCUUCUGCUCCGUGUCAUUCUCCUCUGGAAAGGAGGCCCCAGGGCCCUUGGGAGAUGUCCAGAGUCCCCACCAGCAGGAGCAGCAGCAGCAGCAGCAGCCGAGAGAGAGCUCAGAAUCAGAAGAAGAGGAGGAAGAGAAGGAAGAGCCAGCCAGGAGGGAGGUCAGAGAGGGGGACUUUUCGGAGGAUUUGGUGGCCUUCGCCAACAGCUGCACCCUCCAUGGCGCCAGCCACAUCUUCGUGGAAGGGGGUCCAGGGCCGAGGCAGGCCCUGUGGGCAGUGGCCUUUGUCCUGGCACUGGGUGCCUUCCUGUGCCAGGUAGGAGACCGAGUCGCCUAUUACCUCAGCUACCCGCACGUGACUCUGCUAAACGAGGUGGCCACCACGGAGCUGGCCUUCCCAGCGGUCACCCUCUGCAACACCAAUGCCGUGCGGCUGUCCCAGCUCAGCUACCCUGACUUGCUCUACCUGGCCCCCAUGCUGGGCAUGGAUGAAAGUGAUGACCCUGGGGUGCCCCUCGCCCCCCCAGGGCCCGAGGCUUUCUCUGGGGAGCCCUUUAACCUGCACCGCUUCUACAACCGCUCCUGCCACCGGCUGGAGGACAUGCUGCUCUAUUGCUCCUACUGUGGGGGGCCCUGCGGCCCCCACAACUUCUCGGUGGUCUUCACACGGUAUGGAAAGUGCUACACGUUCAACUCUGGCCGAGAUGGGCGUCCACUGCUGAAGACCAUGAAGGGUGGGACGGGCAAUGGGCUGGAGAUCAUGCUAGACAUCCAGCAGGAUGAGUACCUGCCUGUAUGGGGGGAGACUGACGAGACGUCCUUCGAAGCUGGUAUCAAAGUGCAGAUCCACAGUCAAGACGAACCUCCCUUCAUCGACCAGCUGGGCUUUGGCGUGGCCCCAGGGUUCCAGACCUUUGUGGCCUGCCAGGAGCAGCGGCUCAUCUACCUUCCCCCUCCCUGGGGCACCUGCAAAGCUGUUACCAUGGACUCGGAUUUCUUCGACUCCUACAGCAUUACCGCCUGCCGCAUCGACUGUGAGACCCGCUACCUGGUGGAGAACUGCAACUGCCGCAUGGUGCACAUGCCAGGGGACGCCCCAUACUGCACUCCAGAGCAGUACAAGGAGUGUGCGGAUCCUGCUCUGGACUUCCUGGUGGAGAAGGACCAGGAGUACUGUGUGUGUGAAAUGCCCUGCAAUCUGACCCGCUAUGCCAAGGAGCUGUCCAUGGUCAAGAUCCCCAGCAAAGCAUCAGCCAAGUACCUGGCCAAGAAGUUCAACAAGUCUGAGCAGUACAUAGGGGAGAACAUCCUGGUGCUGGACAUUUUCUUUGAAGUCCUCAACUAUGAGACCAUUGAACAGAAGAAGGCCUAUGAGAUUGCAGGGCUCCUGGGUGACAUUGGGGGCCAGAUGGGGCUGUUCAUCGGGGCCAGCAUCCUCACAGUGCUGGAGCUCUUUGACUACGCCUACGAGGUCAUUAAGCACAAGCUGUGCAGACGAGGGAAGUGCCAGAAGGAGGCCAAAAGGAGCAGCGCAGACAAGGGCGUGGCCCUCAGCCUGGAUGACGUCAAACGACACAACCCGUGCGAGAGCCUGCGGGGCCAUCCUGCUGGGAUGACAUACGCUGCCAACAUCCUACCUCACCAUCCGGCCCGAGGCACUUUUGAGGACUUUACCUGCUGA